GGGCAAGGGCCUGCCUGCCUCCCGGUGCCUGAGGCGGCUGCGAGGGGGCCAGGCCUGGGUCUGACCCGGGUUGCGUCCCCAUUUGCAGGCUGCAGCAGCGCUAAGGGAAGCCGUGUGGAAAGUCAAUAACAUGCCUUUCUGAUGAGGAGCCGGCGCGCCUCGCCCGCCACCGCCCGCACGUAUCCGGCACAGGCGACUGGGCUGAGCCUCCGCUUACGAACAGGGACUCGCGGUUUGGCCCCGUUGAGUAGGCAUGUCGCGGUGGUGAACUCUUCGGGAUUAGACCUGCGUUUGCGAACGGGACGUAAAACUAAAUCUUGACUUCUGGAAACUUUUCACCGAGCAGCCGCACCGCGUUAACGGUUUCAUUCGGAGUAGCCGCAUCGCAAAACAGCGCUUCCUCGGGUGCUCGAGGACUUCAGCUUCAAUAAAAUGUUUGCAAAACUGAAGAAGAAGAUAGCGGAGGAGGCGGCUAUUGCUCCUCGGCCAGGGGGGGCGGCCAGGAUUCCUCGAUCCGUCAGCAAAGAGUCCAUCACGUCGGUGGGAGCAGAUUCAGGAGAUGAUUUUGCCUCUGAUGGAAGCAGCUCUAGAGAAGAUCUCUCAUCCCAGUUGUUUAGACGAAAUGAACAGAUACGGAAACUAGAGGCUAAACUAUCUGAUUAUGCUGAUCAGGUCCGAAACUUGCAGAAGAUAAAAGAGAAGCUUGAAAUUGCAUUAGAAAAACAUCAGGAUUCCUCCAUGAAGAAAUUUCAGGAGCAGAAUGAGGCUUACCAGGCCAACAGAGCUAAGAUGGCUGAAGGAAUGGCUUUGGCAUUGGAAAAAAAGGACCAGGAAUGGACGGAAAAGUUGGUUCAAGUUGAACAAGAGAAAAAACUGCUUGCAGCUCAGUUACAAGAAAUGAGGGAGCAGAGUUUGAACCUUUUCCAAAAGAGAGAUGAAAUUGAUGAACUGGAGGGCUUUCAGCAGCAAGAAAUAGCCAAAGUUAAACACAUGCUCUUGAAAAAGGAAGAAUCUUUGAGCAGAGCAGAACAGGAACUAGAGGCAUGUGCUCAAGAGCUGACCUAUGCUAAAGGUGAACUGAAGGUCACAAGCAGCUUGUCUUCAGGCCUAAGGAGCGAGCUACAAGAUUUGCAGAAGCAGUAUUCAGAACUGGAAGCACAGAGGGAUGGACUAUUGACAGCGGAAGCAAACGCAGAAAAUAAGAUCACUGCCCUGGAGCAGAGAGAACAGGAGCUACAAAACUUCAUUCAGCAGAUAUCUGUAGACUUGCAAAACGCUCGAGUUGCUGCCUCUAGCUGUGAAAAAAGAUUGGAGACUUUACAGAUGGGUCAUGAAUCUCUUAAAUUGGAAUAUGAGCAACAUAAGCAAAAGAUGACUGUUGAAAUCGAUGAGAAAAACAAACUUGUUGAACAUCUGCAAGAAAAAGUGUCUUCCUUGGAAAAGAGACUAGAAAGGAACCUUUCAGGUGAUGAGCACGUUCAGGAGCUGCUGAAGGAGAAAACUAUUCUGGAGCAGAAACUGGAUGACACCAGACAGCAACUUUUGACAGCUAGGACCAGUCACUCUGAGACAUUGAGCCUAUUGGAAACUCAGGUCACAAAACUGAAGAGCAAAGAAGCUGAUAUGCAGGCCUUGCUCAGGGAGAGAGAAGAGUGUGUGAAGAGUCUUAAAGAAAGCAGUACAAGCCAGCUGAAAAAACUUGAACAAGAACUGCAGCAUGCAAAUGAAGAAUUACAGAAGAGCAAAGAAGAAAUUGGUGACAAGGAUCUACAGAUUCAAAACCUGCAAACAGAUCUAGAAGUUGACAGCAGCAGACUAGAACAGCAGAUGUCAACUGUCAAGCAUCAGUGUGAAGAGCGAGUUAGCAGGCUGGAGUCUCAAAUAGCUGCCCUUGAAACUGCUCGGGAGUUUGAUAAAACUGCUGCCCACCACAAGAUAAAUCAGUUGGAACAGGAAAAGGAAGCUUUUAUAGAAAGCAGAAAAGAAUAUGAAAGUUUAUUAAAGACACAAGAGUCUGAAUUCGAAAGACUGAAGGGGGAAUUAAGCAGCAGAGAAACUGUCAGCACUGAAAUUGCCAAAGCAUUGGAAGAAACACGGAAACAAAGGGAGGAAUUGCAACAACAGGUUGCAGAUUUGACCCUUUUGAUCAAGGAAAAGGACCAGCUAAUCAGUGAAAAAACUGAUCUGCUUCUGAAGGAAGAGGAGAAGUUAAAUCAACUUAGUCAAGGUCAUGAAGCUGUCAUGCUGCAGGUGGACCAGCUGCAGUCUGACCUUGAGGCAAAUAAGAACCAAGCUGUGGAGAGGGAGGAAAUGGCAGGAAAGCAGAUCAGUGCUUUGAAGCUGCAGAUACAGGAGCAACAAGAGCGCCUGCUGGCCAGCGAAAAAAGUAUUUCAGCAUUAGAGGAAGAAGCAAGAGCCCUGAAUAAGCAUUUGCAGCCUCCGGAAGACAGGGCGACGGAACAGAAUGGGGAAGUGGCAGCUGCAGACAUCGUGGAGCUUCAGAGAGAAAACAGAGACUUGGAGCAGCAAAUUGCUGAGAAAAACAAGAUGAUAAAGCAGCUCCAGCAGAGAAUGGCAGAGCUCAAAAAGACCCUGCAGAAGGAGCUGAAAAUAAGGCCUGACAAUGAGAUCCCAGAAGUGCGUGAGAAGCUGAAUUCUGAAGUGCCUAGUGCUGCCGUGACUGUCACAAACAAUUCAGAUUUAAAUGAUUCCCGGGAGAUCAACUUUGAAUAUCUCAAACAUGUUGUGUUAAAAUUCAUGUCCUGUCGGGAAGCUGAGGCAUUCCACCUAAUUAAAGCUGUGUCUGUGCUACUUAACUUUACGCGGGAGGAAGAGAACAUGCUCAAAGAAACCUUGGAAUACAAGAUGUCGUGGUUUGGGUCAAAGCCAUCUCCUAAAGGCAGUAUCCGGCCAUCCAUCUCAAGCUCACGGACACCAUGGUCUUAAGAGAAUCUGAAAAUGGGCAGUCAGCAUCUAACCACUUUUUUCUGUGAAAAGAACACUGCGCACACCAGUUCAGGUGUGUCUUAAUAACUGUCAUUGCAGUAUUUUGUACAAGAAUUUUGACACUGUUUACAGUAUUGUACAAGAAGCAUCCUUCACUGCAAACACAAAUGUUUCCUCUAGGGUGGAUUCAGGGACUUUGGGUCAGACUGUUAGCCAUGUAACAGCCAGCUCCUUCUGCUCAUCAGUCCUGGCUUGUGGCACCAAAGGAUUAUACUAAUUUCAUUGAUGCUGGUGCUGGCAGUUCAGGCUACUCCUGUGUGCAUCUGUCAGGAGGGAAUUCCAGCUUCUAUUGUGAAAUGCUAGAGCUGCACAUGUCUAGGUACUGUAAAGUUUCCUCUUCUCACUGUGGAAAGCUGGCAAAGUAAGGGUGUUUGCAGUACAGUGUAUUCAAUUCCAGACAGUUUGGAAAGCCAUUCAAAAACAGGAGCAGGGGCUUUUAACCAAAAUCAAACAAAAAGCCUGCCUUGCUUUGUUAUCCUGACCUUACAGUAGUGAGCAUUUGUUCAUAUCGCUGUGUAAUUUAAGGUGCAUAUAUCCUGGCCUGCAGUCCUGAAGACUGCACUGACAAAUAUUUAAUUUCAGCAAGAGAGAGAGAGAGAGCACAACUUUAGAGUUGUCUGGUUUUACUUUUCUUAAAGAAAAUAAUAUUUAAAAUGGUCUUAAUUGCAGUACCUAGUACUCGGUUGGCUUUUAAAACUAACGCGCUAGUUUAUGCUGUAGGUUGUUAGUAUUGGGAAGAGAGGUAGUAAACCAUUUUAAAUACUUUUUAAAGUUGAAUUUGUUACUGUAAAACACAUUAAAAAUAUGAACUCCAGCAGUUAAGAAAAAAUAUCCUAAUGAUACAAAGGGUAAAAAGAAGUUGGUACAAAGUAUCGUGAUUUCCCCCUCCCCUCGCCCCCCCCUUUUUCAAUCAGCCUCCCUUUCUAGCAGUGUUGGCUUUAUGUAUUUCAAAUAGUUACACUUAACAAUAACUACACUUUAAGUUAAGGUGGUGGGGGCUACUAACUCUUACCUGUCAUGCUAAGUGAUAAAAAAAAAUUACUACUUUUUUUUUUUGUAAUAAUGGCAGAAUUUGUCUUGGCUCCAAUAUCCUCCUUCUGUGGUAGGAAGAACAGUUUGAGUUGUGACCUGCCUUGUAAAAGUUGAGAGCAGAAUUUUGCCGUUAGCCUCUAACCAAAAACACUGGAUGAAAACUAGGAAGCAGCAGUCAGUUUGGCUUUUAUGUUCUGAAAAAAAUGGUAUUUACAAAAACCCCUAUGUAUUAUAUACAGAGAAUUACUAUGGUCUGUAAGUGGCAGGCUGCAAUUUCAGUUGUCUUUUACAAAGAGGCUUGUGGGUAUUGCUGAGUGACAGUAUUUUUUAUCAGAUAAGCCUUGAAGAAAAUUCAGCAUGUCCAGUUUAAGUACUUGUUUCUCAAGAUGUUCAUUAUGUUAAUCUGAACCUGUGAGGGUGCUACUAGGGGUAAGGUCUGUGAAUGCUGAGAGUAAUUGCCACUGCAGUAGCAUGAAUCGUGCUCGCAACUUUGCUACAUUUCUUAAUGAGAUAAAAACAACAGGAUUCUUCUGGUAGGCUUUGCUCUAAAACUUACGCUUAUCUCCAGUGUCUCAGUGCCCAAGGCACUAACUCCACAGCACAGGUAUGGAGAAGUUAACUUGCAGGAAGAGCACAGAGACCCAAUUACCAAUGACAGUCUUAAGUGGUGAAGACCUGCAUCUUUCUUCUGUUCCCAAACAGAGCAAUCAGAGCUAUACCCCAAUUUCAUUUUACCUCCUGGAACAGAGUAAAAAAAUGUAGAGAUGAAUACUGGUAUACAGUAUGAAUACUUCAUACUGGUAGACAAACACUGCCACCCUAGGUCCAAUGUCUGCAAGAAGAGGCUAAGUUCCAGCUACUUUCUUGACACUACUUUUCUUGAAGCUUUUAUAUGCCAGCUGGCUGCUGAGAAUUUGGAGUCCUUCAGUCUGAACCAGGUGGUGGAGGCUGGAUCCUAAAAAACACAGUGCACUUACUGAAUGAAUAGCACAGCUUCGGUUUAAGACUCUUGAGUUCUUAUAAAAAUACCUUGCCCUGAGCAAGGUUUCUUGUAUUGAAUUUUCUGUAGAGACCAGAGCAGGAAUGGUGUAUAUAUUCAAGAGUUAAUGCACUUUUCUUUGUAUAAAAGCUGUGAUAUAUUCCUUUCUAUGAACAUUUUGCCAUUGGAUCUUAACUUCUUCUUUCAAGUUGUAAAUAUGGAUUGUAUUAUGGAACACUGAAAUAAUUGCAGAGACUUUGUGGUGCAAUAUACUUUUGAUUAAAACUCUGGAUUUCUUUCUCUUCAA